CGACCGACCGACCGACCGACUGGUCCGUCCCGUUAAUCCUUCCGUCUAAAGAUGGCGGAGUAUGCGAACCUUGUCCGAAGGGCUUUGGGGCAAUUAGGAGGUCAUGGAGGAGUUCGGGGUUUUUUACUCCAGCUGUUCAGAGUGAAUGAUGUGAAAACGGGCGCACUGGUUGGUGUGGAUAAAUACGGGAAUAAGUAUUAUGAGGACAAGAAGCACUACUUCUUUGGACGUCACCGCUGGGUGAUCUACACCACAGAGAUGAAUGGGAAGAGGACCCUGUGGGAGGUGGACGGCAGCAUGGUGCCAGCUGAAUGGCAUCGUUGGCUGCACUGUAUGACCGAGGACCCCCCCACCACACAUCCUCCGGAGCCCAAGAAGUUCCUGGCUGAGAUCCACCAGUUCAAUGUGAGCGGCACCUCAGAGCAGUACGUGCCAUACUCCACCACCCGCAAGAAGAUCCACGAGUGGGUUCCCCCCAAAGCCGGAGCUCAGUGAGCUCUUCGUUUUUCAUCCUGUAAAUUAUGGUUCCUUCCCUGUAUCCAUGUCGGAAAUAAAACCUCUAUACAGAU